AUGGCUGAUUUUGAAGAUUCAAAUUCACCAACCUGGAGAAAUCAACUCGAAGGACAAAUCAAUCUUUAUGAUGCAGCUCGUGGAAAUAUUUCAUAUGUUCAUCCAACAACCAAAAAAGAAUACACAUUGGCUAACAAUCACGCUGUUUUGAAAGUCAGACCAAGAGGAUUCCAGAAGCUGCUGAACUUUUGGAGAAAUUCGCAACUGAAGAAAAACUUUCUGAUUUCUUGA